AUGGCUUCGCCCCUGAAUUUGAAACGCCAACACUCUGCAGCGGGUGAAGCUACAGAUGAUAGGAUCAGCCGUCUUCCAGACUCUGUUCUUUCUCACAUUCUCUCUUUCGUCCCUACAACUGAUGCAGUGAGAACCAGCGUCUUGUCCACCAGGUGGAAGCACCUCUUGGCUUCCGCCAGUAACCUCCACUUCGACGAUUCCCGUGUCGUCUCUGACUACCUAAAUCGUAGAGGGAAAAGAUUCCGUCUUAAAUGUACUGCCGGCCAGUUUCUCGGGUACGAGAUGAAACCUCAUCUAAAUACAUGGAUAUCCGUUGCACUAUGGCAUGGUGUUCGAGAACUUGAUCUUCAUAUUUCACCGCUAACAAAAUCAAACCUCUUGCCUUGCAGUCUUUUUACCAGCGCAACACUGAGGGUUCUAAAAUUGACCAUGAAUGGCGCUGAGCUUAAUGUUCCUGCAAGUGUUCGUUUUUCAAGUCUGAAGAUUCUUCAUCUUCGGAGCAUGGUGUUCGUCGAUGAUGGUUCGGUUAAGUGCUUAUUUUCUGGCUGCUCUGUGCUUGAAGAUCUGCUCAUAGAAUUCUGCAAUUUUAGCAGAAUGAAAGUCAUUGAUAUUUCAAUACCUACACUUCAAAGGCUGACCAUUAAUGGAAGAACAUCCAAUUACGAAUAUAUAAUACCUCAGUAUGAAGUAGUGUUUGAUUUUCCGCUCCUUGAGUACCUCAACUACGUUGAUUUUGGAGUCAAAAGGAUUUGA